AUGUCGUCCCUGUUCUCGAAGAAGAGCCUACUCGGGCUAUCCUUGGUGUCGGCCCUAGCGUCUCCGGCAGUUGGCAUUGCCUUUGACUACGGAUCUGAAAAGGUUCGUGGUGUGAAUAUUGGUGGCUGGCUGGUAUUGGAGCCAUGGAUUACACCCUCAGUCUUCGACAAUGUUGGUGAUGCCGCCGUUGAUGAGUGGUCACUUUGCGCAACCCUUGGAGCUGACCAGUGCCGUGCUGUCCUCACGGAUCACUGGAACUCCUUCAUCACUCAAGAUGACUUCAACCAGAUUGCUGCCGCAGGCAUGAACCACGUUCGAAUUCCUAUCGGCUACUGGGCUCUUCAGCAUCUUGAGGGCGACCCAUAUGUUGACGGUCAGCUGGAGUAUCUCGAUUCCGCAGUUGGCUGGGCUCGCGCUGCUGGUUUAAAGGUGAUGGUUGACCUGCAUGGCGCUCCUGGAUCUCAGAACGGUUUUGACAACAGUGGAAAGCGUGGUGCCAUCACCUGGCAGCAGGGUGACAACGUUGAAAGCACCAAGGAAGCCCUUAAGACUCUUGCUGCGCGAUAUGGUUCUGAUACGGAUGUUGUUACUUCCAUUGAAGCUCUCAACGAGCCCAGCAUUCCUGGUGGUGUGAAUGAGGACGGCCUCAAGCAGUACUACUAUGAUUCCUGGGGCGUCGCCCGGGAGGCAAGUCAAGAGACUACCGUCGUUCUUCAUGACGGAUUUGCGCCCGUCGAAUCCUGGAAUGGUUUCAUGAGCGAGUGGACUGGCUUUUACUACGUUCUGAUGGACACUCACCACUAUGAAGUCUUCGACAACGGUCUGUUGGCCAUGAACACCGCUUCCCACGUCGGCAAUACCUGCAGCUUCGUCAAUGACCACGUCCUUCACACUGACAAGUGGACUAUCGUCGGAGAAUGGACUGGAGCCAUGACCGAUUGUGCCAAAUACCUGAACGGAAAGGGAAUCGGUGCCCGUUACGACGGAACCUACCAGGGAAGCACCAUGCUCGGUAGCUGCGAUGGCAAGGCUGUUGGCAAUAUCGAUACUCUUACUUCUGAUGAGCGCACCAACAUUCGCCAGUUCAUCGAGGGCCAACUCGAUGCUUAUGAGAAGGGUAGUGGUUGGCUCUACUGGACCUGGAAAACCGAGGGUGCCCCUGAGUGGGACAUGCAGAUGCAGCUUGCUGGUGGUGUCUUUCCCAACCCAGUCACUAGCCGCCAGUUCCCCGGCCAGUGUUAA